AUGCGUUUGACAGCCUCUUUCUCGGCCAUUCUGGCCUUGGCGCUAACCGUCAAUGGCCUUGACUUGUCCGAAAGCCAAGAUAGUGACUCUUCUGUCUGGCCAGCUCAAGAGGCUCGCUCUCACGAGACUCGCGACAAUCAGGUUUGGAAUCGACCCGAGAAGCGUCAAUCCGGUUGGAAUCCGCCAUCAAACUUGGUGACGCCGCUGAAACAAGUCUGGGAUCAUUGCAAGGCCACAUAUUCUAAUGGUCUCUUUGGAUUCCGCAACUACGGCUGGGAUCAGAUAAGAGCCACUUCGGGAUCUAUCAACGUUUGCGUCCGAUGGGAGUCCAACACACCGGUCACCGAAGCCCAGCGCAAGCAGAUCGCUACUGUUUACAACCAGCAGUAUCAGAAAUGGUUCCAGUGGGUGUAUGGAUUUGACGGAUUUCCGUAUUCCAACAUCAAGGUCAACGUUGUGGGUUGGGCUGUUCGCGACCGAUCUUUGCUCCAGGGAUCAACAUCGGGUAUUGAUGUCUACACUGACAGAGAUGGCGAGGGUGCUCCGCAAUGCGCUCCGGCUUGUGGACGCUUUUUCCACCAGAACGGGGACUACAGCCAGUGCCCUGGAGGUGCUUCUCGUCACUAUGAUCAGUCUUUGUGGCUCACUGAUGGCUUUGGCGGUGGUGCUGGCGGUGAUUGGGGCCAGAGGAUGGGUCGAGAGUAUUUCAUGAACAGCAUCGGCCUCUCAGACAUCCAGAUCCUACUUCACGAGAUGGGCCAUACCUUUGGCUUAGAUGAUUUCUACGACUGGACUCCCUCUGGUGUUAGUAACUUUAUCAUGCUGGCUGGUAGCUCUGGCAAAAUUACUGAUUUUGACGGCUGGAUGCUGCGUAACUGGUGGUACGAGUUGAAGAGAAACCGUGGGUGGUGA